CUACAAGAAUCUAGCUGCCAUUCGCCUCUGGUUGAGACUUCCUCUUUCCUUAUAUUAGCCAUGAGCGCCGAAGAUCAGGCUGUUGCUAAGAACCCCAUGCGCGAGCUCCGUCUCGAAAAGCUUGUUCUCAACAUUUGCGUUGGUGAAUCCGGUGACAGACUUACUCGUGCCGCCAAGGUGCUUGAACAGCUCACUGGUCAAACCCCCGUCUACUCCAAGGCUCGCUACACCGUCCGUACCUUCGGUAUCCGUCGUAACGAAAAGAUCUCUGUCCACGUCACCGUCCGCGGUGCCAAGGCUGAGGAAAUUCUCGAGCGUGGUCUCAAGGUUAAGGAGUACGAACUCUUGACUCGUAACUUCUCUGAAACUGGCAACUUCGGUUUCGGUAUCCAGGAACACAUCGAUCUUGGUAUCAAGUACGAUCCCUCCAUCGGUAUUUACGGUAUGGAUUUCUUCUGCGUCAUGGGCCGUCCCGGUUACCGUGUUGCCCGCAGACGUCGCUGCAAGUCCACUGUCGGCACCCAGCACAAGGUCAAGACUCAAGAGACCAUCGACUGGUACAAGUCUCGUUUCGAUGGUCUUGUCUUGAACAAAUAAAUCAGUUAGUCUGCUAGCUGUAUUGUUUUUCAUUACAACGUCUGAAUAUCCUUGGGUUGAUUAGCAUCCAAGCAAUAAAAAGCGCCAUAACAUCCAUUACAACUGAAGAGAA